UAUGAUAUUUUACUCGAAACUGGUAAAGCAUAUAUGCUUUGCCUUUUCAUUCCCCAAACCCUUGUCGAGCGUGAGAAGGACGGUGACUGAGACGAAGAUUGCAGAAGAGUUUCAGUUUUCUUUCGUUCAAAGCUUCUGUUGAGGGUAUGAGUUUUCAGAUGGAGGAUAAUUCAAUUCAUGGAUGGUCAGUAUCUCAGUGCACAUCUAAGGAUUUUAAAGCGGGUGUCACUUGCUCUGUACAGAGGCCGAAUCAAUUCUGGCAUGUUACAGUCAAAGAGUUUCAGUGUGGAGACAAUGUAUACUGUGGCGUUGUUCUAGAUGUUAUACAACCUGCAACUGAGCUACAAUCCUUUAGAACCAUGGUUUCUCUUAUAAAUAAAAUUGAUGUCAAUAAAACGAUUAGGAUUGAUCAAUUUGUUAAGUACGCUCAUGGAAGUGUUAGAUUCUCAGUUCCAAGACUGAUUCUUCUGAAGUGUUGCCAGUCCAUAUCAUCUUUUAGAGUUUGGGCAGGUGUCUCCUAUAUUUUUACCUCAUCUUCAACAUGUCUUCAACCUUCAACCGCAAAUUCUUGAUAGCCUUCGGUCUAAGAAUGCUUCAAAAAAUUUCUGCAUUUCUGCUUUGAAUGCCCUUGGCAGUGUGCUGAUGUUUUUGGAUACUGUUACGCUAAAGGAAUUAGAUGAAAAGGGACGUACUGAGCUAAGGUAUUUAUGGAAUGUGGCUGAGCUCUUUGGGUUAGAUUUGAUGUGGCUGAAACCUCACUAUGAGGCUGCUUUGACGGCGCAGGAUUAUUCGAGUAGUGAUGAUAAGGCGAAGAGGUUCAAGCUUGAUGACAAUUUCAGAGAUUUGUUUACCGCGAUCAAGAAGGAUGAAGAUGAUGUUAUAGGAUAUCCAUAGUUGGUUGUUUAUUUGAUAUUGAUGUGAAGGAUUUAGUAGUCUAUGUUAGGAUUUCUGGUUUUUGAAAUUUUACUCAUGCACUUUCGAGUUGUAGAGUUUUGUUUGAUAUUGAUUUGGUAUUGACAAGCUCUACCAAUUUGGGGUACCAAGGAUCCUUUCUAAUUGGAAUGGCCUCAAGUUUUUUUUCCGUA